GCGAACGUUUCUUUCCUCCUUCCUCAGUUCAGACUUUGUCGUUGCUGGAGCGGAACGUAAACGUUCGAUGAUGGGCGUUACAGAGUGUGCGUUCGCGGCCCGUGGCGUCCUAUGAGAGGAGGCGACCACAUCCUUCCACCCACGCCCCGGCUCUCUCCCUCCCUCCCCCCGUCUCUCUCAACCUUUUUCCCUUCUCUCUCCGCUGUAACCCGUCGUUGCUGCAACGGUGCAAUGCAACAGUAGCAGAAGCUCCCAUUUUGGCGGUGGGCGACCUCCGGCAAUUUUUUCCCUCGUUUUUUUUAUUUUAUUUUAUUGUAUUUUUUGCCCCCACCACUUUAUGUCGACAUGCCGAACAUCGUCCUCUUCAGCGGUAGCUCUCACCACGACCUGUCCCAGAAAGUGGCCGAUCGGCUGGGACUGGAGCUGGGCAAGGUGAUAACUAAAAAGUUCAGCAACCAGGAGACAUGCGUGGAGAUCGGGGAGAGCGUGCGCGGCGAGGACGUGUACAUCGUGCAGAGCGGCUGCGGCGAGAUUAAUGACAACCUGAUGGAGUUGCUCAUUAUGAUCAACGCCUGCAAAAUUGCCUCGUCGUCCCGUGUCACCGCCGUUAUCCCCUGCUUCCCUUACGCCCGCCAGGACAAGAAGGACAAGAGCCGAGCGCCCAUAUCGGCCAAGCUGGUGGCGAACAUGUUGUCUGUGGCAGGCGCCGACCACAUUAUCACCAUGGAUCUCCAUGCCUCCCAAAUACAGGGCUUUUUCGACAUCGCUGUGGACAAUCUGUACGCAGAGCCCGCCGUCCUGCAGUGGAUACGGGAGAAUAUCCCCGAGUGGAAAAAUUGCAUCAUUGUCUCUCCUGACGCUGGCGGCGCAAAGCGCGUGACGUCCAUCGCUGACCGCCUGAACGUGGACUUCGCCCUCAUCCACAAGGAAAGGAAGAAGGCCAACGAAGUGGACCGCAUGGUGCUGGUGGGCGAUGUCAAGGACCGCGUGGCCAUCCUGGUGGACGAUAUGGCCGACACCUGCGGCACCAUCUGCCAUGCUGCCGACAAGUUGAUCGACGCCGGCGCCGUUAAAGUCUACGCCAUCCUCACUCACGGAAUCUUCUCGGGCCCCGCCAUCUCGCGGAUUAACAACGCGCCGUUUGAGGCGGUGGUGGUGACUAACACAAUCCCGCAGGAGGAGAAGAUGAAGGCCUGCCCCAAAAUCCAGGUCAUCGACAUUUCCAUGAUCCUGGCAGAGGCCAUCAGGAGAACACACAACGGUGAAUCAGUGUCCUACCUCUUCAGCCACGUUCCCUUGUAAAGGCAAAUGGGGGAGGGGUCGUACACCACCCCGUCCUCCUCAUCGGCUGCGUGACCGCACCCCUCCCUGAACAGCGUUAAGGUGGUUUUGGUGAAGAAGGCCUUGCCCUCACAUCGUCUCAGAGAGUUUUCAUCCAGGAGAUGUGACGGACCUCCUCCCCGCUCACAGUUUUGACCAAGGUGUCUAUGUACUUGCCGUGUCCCGUACUAAACUUGAAAAGAAGUGUUCCACUUCCACUCCACAUUUGGCUUCACAAGAAAUUCCGAGAAUGUUUUGGUAACUUGCACCUUCAGCCAUCAUGUAUUCACAUCAGCUGUUGCUGGAAGUCGUGUAGUUGCAGUCGUGAAGAGCCCACAAAAUCUAUGUAAGUGCUCCCCCUCAAAAAAAAAAAAAAAAGUCAUGCAAACUGAUGGAAUCCAGAGAUUUGUUUUUAUCAAAUGAGAAAUAAUUCAAGCCGUGACUAACGCUGGCUGAGCAAUUUUGUAUCUGCAAUGGUUCUUGUUUUUUUUU